GCAAGAGCCGGGAGGAGAAGGUCAACAAUGCAGUUCUUAGCCUGGCUCAAUUUGCUGCUUCUGCUUCCUUGUUUUGGUACCACCAAAACCUGCUUCCCUGGGUGCCAUUGUGAGGUGGAAAGUUUUGGCCUCUUUGACAGCUUUAGCUUGACCAAGGUGGACUGCAGUGGAAUUGGCUCACACAUUGUUCCUGUCCCCAUCCCUCUGGAUACCUCCUACUUGGAUCUAUCCUCAAACAAACUGGAAACUAUCAAUGAAUCAAUGCUUACUGGGCCUGGAUACACCACCUUGGUGAGCCUUGACCUGAGCUACAACAACAUUGCUAAGAUUUCCUCCACAACCUUCUCCAGGCUUCGGUACCUGGAGUCCUUGGAUCUGAGUCAUAACUCUUUAGAAGUCCUUCCAGAGAACUGUUUCUCCAGUUCUCCUCUGGGGGAUAUAGAUUUGAGCAAUAACAAACUUUUGGAUAUAACAAUGGACGUUUUUGCGCCAAAAGGUCAAGGAAAACCCAUGAAUGUGGAUCUUUCCAAUAACAUGCUGAGCACAAUUACAAGGCACCAUGCAAAGAAAGUCCCCAACAUCCAGAAUUUAAAUCUUUCUGGAAACAGGCUAACAUCUGUGCCGAAUCUUCAGGGGAUUCCUCUACGAUAUUUAAAUCUUGAUGGGAACCCACUAGUCAAGAUUGAGAAAGGGGCCUUCGUAGGACUGAAAGAUUUGAUUCAUUUAUCUCUCAGCAGCUUGCAUGACUUUAGAGAGUUAUCUCCUUACAGUUUCAAGGAACUACCAGCCCUUCAAGUUCUGGAUUUAUCCAGCAAUCCCAAUCUGAAGUCAUUGAGUGCUGAAGUUACUUUUGGCCUCAACUCCCUACAAGAGCUUAACCUCUCUGGGACAGGCGUGUCAUCUUUGCCAAAGACUGUGCUGAAAUACCUGCCUUCCAUCAAAAGCAUCACUUUGGGGAAGAACAUACAAUGUCUUAAAACCAUCAGAGAAGGACAGUACCACCGACAAACUGGGCUGACCAAAAAAGAGGUCCUCAUUUGUCAUGACAGCCAUGGGUCCGUAGCAGCAGCGCCUUAUGUUUCAUGAUGAAAGCUGGGAAGAAGGG